CGAACAUCCAUCCAGCCAGCAACAAACCGCCAAAAUGGGUCGCGUCCGUACCAAGACAGUCAAGCGUUCCGCUAAGGUCAUCAUCGAGCGUUACUACCCCAAGUUGACGCUCGACUUCGAGACCAACAAGCGCAUUUGCGAUGAGAUCGCUAUCAUUGCCUCCAAGCGUCUCCGCAACAAGAUUGCUGGUUACACUACCCACCUUAUGAAGCGUAUCCAGCGUGGCCCUGUCCGCGGUAUCUCCUUCAAGCUUCAGGAGGAGGAGCGUGAGCGCAAGGAUCAGUACGUUCCUGAGGUCUCCGCUCUGGAUGUCUCCCAGACCGAGUCCGGCCAGCUCGAUGUCGACGCCGACACCAAGGAUCUCCUCAAGAGCCUCGGUUUCGACAACCUCAAGGUCAACGUCGUCAACGUCACCCAGCAGCAGGUCCAGGAGCGCCCCCGUCGCUACCGGUAAAUCUGUGCGCCCUCGAGCGGAAGAUGAAAAAGUUUUACGAUUGUCUUGGGUCGAUCCAUGGCGUUUUCAUGCUUGUUCUGGCAGGCUUCCAGCUACCAUUGUAGUCUAGAAACAGACUCAUGAGGAAUGAACAUGACUUUCGUCAAACAAGGUGUCGCCGAUUCUCCUGACGGAGAUGACGCUUGAUUGCCAAUUCACUUCCCGUUCAGCAGCUGGUCUCACGGCCGGUUGCUGCGUAGGAAUUCCAUAUUUCAUCGCCAAUCGGACAGCCAUGUCUUGUGAUCCUAUGAUCGAUGCUGUUGCCGAUCUUCAGCGGUGCUAUAUCGUCUUAGAUUUUGUAGAUUGCUAUCCUAUCUGGGUAUCAUCCUGGAAUGCAACGCCCCUUGUAAUGCCAAUGGCUCCAUUCAAUCAUUACUGCCAUUUUUGCCCUCGGCAGGCUCAAUGAUC